AUGCCCGGUGUCAUCAUGGACAAUGUCAACAUCGAUGGAUCUGUCCGGCGACUAGGCCUCGAUGGGGCUAGAAAUGGUGCAUCCAACUCUUUGGGGGACCUUGACAAAGCGGCUCAAGUAUCUGGCUCUUUGAAUGGAUCAGUUUAUGUCAAUGGUUCCUCAGGCGCGGUUGAUACGUGGAAUCAAACUUCAACAACGCCCUUUGAACUCACUCAUAUUACCCAAGGGUUUUUCCCGUUUGGAAUACUUGUCAAUCGUUCAGUGCAGCAAUGCUGGAAUGAACUUUCAGAGUUGAUAACUGAAUUGGCAGCGAUUCAAGUACCUCACCAAGCUCCCUUGAGUACAACCAAUGGAAAAGGGCCUGGAAAUCAGUCAUCAGAAAAUGUUCACAAAAAGUUACGACUCUUGGAUUUUGCUCAUGCUAAGAGGGCGGAGUUCAUUAAGCUUCUUGUUCUUUCACAGUGGAGUCGACAAGCUGCCGAUGUGAGCAGACUGAUUGAUAUUCAAGGUUUCAUUCGCACGCGACACCAAUCAUACGAUGCAGCUCUUCAGUAUGUUGGCGAAGUGAAAAGAGAUUUAGUUCGGGCUCAAGUUGCCAACCCUGACUUAAAAACGGCUUUACUGGUUCUAUCAAAGGGCCAGGUAGCAUCUUUACCUGACCUUGGUUACAGUCCUCUCAAAACAUUGACAGCGCGAGCAACGCUCAAAAAGCUACUCAAGCUCAACCGCAUUAUCAGCGUGCGACUGACAUUGCAUGACUCGGUUCCACACGCACUACGACAUUAUCGGGUUCAUGAUGGCCGGGUCACGUUUACUGUUCCUGGUGAAUUUGAACUUGACCUCUCGGUGGCAGAAAUAUCGACAUCAUCACAGUUCUUUUUCGUCGAUAUUCGCUUUCUUUUCUCGCCAUCAUCGCCAAUUCCAGAGGGACGGAUUCUCAAUGAGCUUGAUGCCAAGAUCAAUGAGAUACUCCGCAAUGAUGGGCUGAUGGGGUGCUUCAACUUUUUACACGGACUGGUUCUCACCAAUAAAAUCAACAUUAUGUUCAGACAAGCCACAGACCUUGCGCGUGGACUCUGGUCAGAUGCAUUACGUAUCGAACUGCUACACCGAACACUUGUCAUUCAAUACUGGCCUCAGAGAGCUGGGCCCAAGAGUUGGCUAGAGAUAGGAGUUAACAGCGGUCACCGUGGCAGCAAGUCCAGCAAUCCGAUAUCCCGGACAUCACACCUCGGUCUCCGGUGGAUGAGAGAUGGUCAAUCGGCUAUCACUGAUGCCAUUAAAUUCGACACGGAUGACCUUUCCAUGGAGCGUAUCCUCAGAAGUGUCGUCGCCCUACAUACCUCACAUAUUCUCUUCACUGCCUUCACCACUCUGAAAAGGCACUUGCUUUUCGCAAAACACACCCUAUCACUUCAGGCUCAACUAUCAUCGACAGAACCCGGCGAUUGUCACCUGAAUGUUCAACUCACAGCCUCACGAUCUGUUCGAGUCUCCAUUGAACCAAUGUCGGGAUUCAUCAUUCUCUGUGUGACACCAAACGUACCUGAACGCCUGGAUACUGAUCGAACAAUCCAUAAAUCAUCCAUCGAAGAGAUACUAUCACGCGUCUCACGGCUGCGAUGCACUACUGCGGUGGACGAAAUUGAGUCCGGUACCAAGGCGCUUGGCCUUGAGACUGUGAGCCAGAGAGUGCUUGGGCUUGAUCCCCGUAAGCUAUUCCCUCUGGGUGUGAUGAGAUCCGUUUUCUUCGUUCAUCAACUCUGGAACCGGCAAUGGGUUGCAGCAGCCACCAGCAGCAUGGACGGUGACCGAUGGUGGCUUGUUCAACUUCGACCAAAUGGGACAGCAAAGGUAUCCCCGCCUUAUAACGUUGGUGAGAAUGGGAUUACUCUUCCUCGCGCCCAUGUUAUCAGCGAGAAUUUUGUUCCUACACAGGAACGACUCGACUACACAACAUGCGCAGAGCUAGUUCAUGCUCUAACCGGAAUCUUGGCUAUUCAUGCCAAUGCAUGUUAUUUGGCCGAGCUACCUGGUCUGCGUUUCUUGCCACCGCUGAGAGAACUGCAAAUGCAAUCUGAUCUGACAGUACCGGAUCUUCUUAUCAGCUACAACCCGUCUACGCUUCCUACUGCCUUGCGAAUCGCGCUGCCUUCGGGGGUGAACAGGCAGUCACAAUUUAAAGAAAUGGUUAGGCUCGCGUUCCAUGGAAUUGACAGCAACAGUCGUUCCAUCAUAGUGGUAGCGCAUGGCACAUUCAAAAAUCGCAUCAAAUCCCUUGUCCCUCUUAUCUCAAAGACGGACCCUGUGUUAAUUACUGAAGACAAGGGAGCUGGUUUCGCACUUCGUUUGGUUGUGCCAGCUGGGCAUUCUGUUAUCGUUGGUCUUUUCGAACGCUUACAGCGGCUCGAGUGUGUUCUCUCCAUCCUCCAGUCCCUUAUACAAAAUGGAAUGGAGCCUCGCUCUUUAUCCUUGUCCCAGAUUGCCUUCGCGUACGGCAAAGAGGCUAAAUCCUUGGCCUCCUUUGAUAUUGGUGUCUCGGGUCCUAUUUUGACCGAUUUCGUCGACAUGGCAGCUCUAUCGAAAUCUCAGCCUCUGUUCCACCUCCAAUUGGGUAUCAAGUUUGAAAGGUCCAGUCCUCAUCGCCGAAUCCAAGAGGCCCUGGCGGUGGCUCUAAACCACCGUUUUACCGAGACUGGGGUGGGGUCUAUCUUAUACCUCAUGUCUUUCACACUCCCCUUGUUACAGUCAUUUGACCACAUCACGAACUCUCCAAACCAGACGGACUCGCCAAUGGCCUACAUCACUGUUCGGGGGCCAACUGAAUAUCAAAUCCAUUACCCUCGACUGAAUUCGCGGUUCAGGUUGAACACAAUCAAGCACCAGGAUGAGGUGGUCUGGAUUUUAAGGGAUGCAAACAGAGACAACCAGUCAGGCCGUGAUCAGAUCGCAAGUGCUAUACGGGAAAGGCUCUACCAAUCAAAGGGCCAUGGAUGGAACGGACUUGGUGAUGGAGCGGUAGGGGUGCCCGACAAAGUCGGGAACCUGUUGACCGAGUUGCACCAGUGCCUCAGUGCUCCCCAUCUUGAACUCGACAAAGAAGCCGAAGAGAAAGCCGUGGUGCCAGGAUUGCUACCAACCAAAGUUCAGAUUCCUGGUUUGCAAAAAAACCCCGUUUCAAACCAAGCCAGUGGUUUGGGAAAUACCGAUGUCAUCACAAUUGACUAG